GGUGGGGUGGGGGACGUUGUUCGUCUUGGAGACGCGGGGGAACAAUGCGCGCCCUCGCUUCUCGAGGCCUCGCAAUUGGCGAAAGCGAUCAUCGGCGACGCUUGAAAAGUUUAUGAAAGGCGACGUCAUCUAUUGUGGCAACGGACGGCGGCAACGAGGAAGGGCGUCCGUGCGAUCCCGAGAAUGCAACCGAGCGACGGGAGGUGGUAGAGGGAACGAGGAUGCGAAUUGCUCUCCUUCUUGACGAGUUCAAACGCAGAGCGAACGCAGCGGGCGAAUCGCCCGGCUGGACGAGUGCAAGUCACGUACUUUGUCUGCCGGACUAGGACACCGCCGAUGCCUGCCUAGGUCCUUCGCUGGCUACAUUUCUCAGACAUGGGCUGCGGGUCAUCAAGGAAGGCAUUGGUGGGGCCCGGGGAUGAGCAAAACGUGGCAUGGAACGACAAGCGAAGGGUACGCGAUGUAUCCAGCCAAGAGCACCGCGAGCUGGCUGCACAUUCUGCGCUUCGUGGGACGUUCCGGAAAGUGCGCGAGUCCAAGGCGCAGGAUGAGGAUCGCGGAGCAUCGGCCACGUCCGCGCACUCGGCCGUGACGGUGGACAGCGGCCUGGGCUGCGAUGACAGAAGACCCCCCGGGGAAGCUUGCAGGCGUCCACUCGAUGGGCCGAUUCCCGGGACGAUGCCCCGUGCAGAUGCCAACGACAUCCUGGAGGAGCUGAGGGCCCAGGGUCUCAUCCAGAGCACCCCCCGCGUGGUGCGGGGAGGCCAGGCCUUUGACGUCAUGGUGCCGGACGCGCCUUCGGGCCGUCCUCCCGCCCGACUCGAGAGGCUCAUCCUGAGCGUGGGCAGCACGCGGGGCAACGCGGGCGACGGGAGAGGGGCAGCAGCGGCAGCGGCGGCGGCAACAGCGGAGGAGGCUGCGGCGGCGAGGCGCGCGGAGGCGCUGAGCGAGAGGCGGGAGCGACAGCUGCGGCGAGAGGAGCGCGCGGGCCGCGUGCGGAGAUCCAGGGCGGUGGCGAUCGAGAUCCAGCACGAGCAGCACGCGCAGGAGGAGCAGGAGGGAUGA